GUCUGGUUUUGAUUAGAAAUCAAGAUGAUGGCUAAAGUCCCAGAGGAGACUUGCAUAGAGGAUUUUGACAAAGAGAAUUCAGUCAGAUUUAAAACCUCAAAACUACUCCAAAGAAGGAGAGCAUUAAGUUUUCAGAAAGAAUUUUCAUUUGAGGAUAAAGAGGAACUUGCUAAUAGCACAAAGGACAUCGAUGCUAAUCUUUUAGCAGUGCUUCCAAAAGUUUCAGAAUUAAGAAAACUCUUUGAACCAAACAAGCAAAAUAUUUUGGAAAUGAAAAGGAAAGAGAGGAUUGCCAGACGUUUAGAGGGAAUUGAAAAUGAUACACAGCCCAUCCUCCUACAAAAUUGUCCUGGAUUAGUUACCCACCGUUUACUAGAAGAAGAUACACCAAGAUAUAUGCGUGCAACAGACCCAUAUAGUCCCCACUUUGGAAGAUCAAAUGAAGAAGAGGAAACUUCAGAUUCUUCUGUAGAAAAACAACCUAGGUCAUCCAGGUAUCGAGCAGAACCUACAGGAGCACAUUCAGAGCCUACAUAUAGCACAGGAGCCAUGGAUACCCAGGGACUUGAGUCGAAAGCAGAAAGAAUAGCUAGGUACAAGGCAGAGAGGAGACGUCAGCUAGCAGAAAAAUAUGGAUUGCCUUUAGAAUCUGAGGGAGAUUCUGAAUAUUUAUCCAGAUAUACCAGGGCAAGAAAAGAUCCUGAUGCUGGUGAAAAAAAAGAAGGAAAAAGCGACAAGCAGGAGGAUGAAAGCAAGGAGUAUAGUUCCCUGUACGCCUCCAUGUCUGAGAAUAAGGAGUCAUGGACUACUGCUUCUGAAUCAAAGGAAUAUUCCUUCCAUGAAAAAGACAGCAUUCCAGAUAGAGAGGAGCUUUCAAACUUGGAGAAUAAAAGAGCACCAGAUGUUAGUGCUCCUGGACAGACUCAGGACUUGUCAUCAGAAGUGGAUGGUUCUGCAUCCUUUUCAUAUUCUGAACACGAAUCCUCCUUUAAGGAAGUGCCAAUGUCACCAAAGCAAACUUGCAGGGUAUCCCUUUCCUCACCAAAGCAGCCAGUUUCACCAAGUCAUUCAUACAAUGACCAGCCGUUGUAUAGUGACACCAGACAAGGAGUAAAAGUUAGAGAGAAACUGGUGAAAGAGGAAAGUGCUCAUGGAAGCCCUGAACUUGUCACAGAUCCUGUAUCUCAGAAAAAAUCUCAUCCAGUGCCAGUUGAUUACAUGCCUCUUCAGUCAGAAACUUCUUCCUUUGAUAGGGUUGCCAGCCAGACACUCAGUUCAGUCCGCCAACCGAUACAUGGAUACAUUCAGCCUGCUGGUGUUGCUCAUACUGCCAAACUGAUGGCAACAGAAGAUCCAGAAAAUAUCUCAAUUAGCAGCCUCUUAAUAUCAAACAAUGCCAACGUCAAGACAAAAUCCCCACCAGCCAGUGCACUGGAAAAGGAAAAAAGUAACAUACUUCAGAAUUAUGGCUCAAAGCCCGACGAAUAUCCUUUGGGGACAGAACACCUUUUGAAAAACAGAAAACCAAUUUUGCAAUCUGAGGUUCUCAGGCAAGGGAAGAGCAAUGAAGACCAUUUUAGAGCAAGUGAAUUUGGCAAGGCUGCUGUUCCCUCAUCUCUUAUAAGCAAGCCAAAGGCUAACUCAUCAGAGCUUCAGAAAGAGCUAGAGUGCACUAAGCACCAGGUUCCUGAACCCCAGUUUAAGACUCGUGAGAACACUGAAAGGAGUGAGACAGUUAUGUACAUACAAAGUGGAUCCAUAUCACAUUCUGCUAAGGCGAAAGGUCAAGCUCAGGAACUGUCUGCGAUAAAGCAUAAAGUCCUGACUCGUUCAAUGUCUGAUUUUACUGGCUCUCCUAAGCUAGAGGCUUUAAAAAGUAAGGAAACUGUUACGAGAAAGGAGAUGGCGUUCCAGAGUGCUGAAGCAAAUGUGCCUAAUGGUGAGAUUGGCAUGGUUGACACAAAAGUCUCUGUUGCUCAACUCCGUAAUGCCUUUCUGGAAACUAUCAAUGUCCACAAGAAAACUGAACUGUCCACUCUGAGUCCAGAAAUGCCGGCUGCUGAGGAUGAAGAAAAACUGGAUGAACGAGCCAAGCUGAGUGUUGCUGCAAAGAGGCUGCUUUUCAGGGAAAUGGAAAAAUCAUUUGAAGGAAAAAAUAUUCCUAAACCACGUUCAAGAAAUUCAGCAGUAGAGAGAAGAUUGCGGCGUAUGCAGGAUAGGUCACGCACCCAACCAGUUACUACCGAAGAGGUGGUCAUUGCGGCUACUUUACAGGCAUCAGCGCACCAAAAGACUUUAGCUAAAGAAGAAAUCAAAGAAGCAGUCGAGCAAGAUCAGUCUGGCGAGCCAGACUCCUCUACCCUAAGCUUAGCAGAAAAGAUGGCCUUGUUUAACAAAUUGGCUCAACCAGUAUCGAAGACCAUCUCUACACGGAGCAGAGGGGACAUUAGACAUAGGAGAAUGAAUGCUCGUUACCAAACACAGCCUGUCACUCUUGGAGAAGUUGAGCAGGUACAAAAUGAAAGUGGAAAAAUUACUCCCUUAUCACCUACUGUUGUAACAUCAGUGUCAACUAUGGCAUCUGUGAUUUCUCCAAUGUAUGCUGGGGAUCUGCGUGCAAAGUCAACAGUUGAUGAAAGUGUAAGUGCUACCAGUAAACCAGAUUUGAGAGUCCACUCUUCAGUAGAAAAUGCAGACACUCCAGUAAAAGGCAUACUGAAAUCAGAACAUUGGCAGCCUUCAGUGGAAGUAAUGGAAAGCAAACGAGCAUCGAGGGAGCAUGAAGAGGGAGAGACAAACAGAUUCUUAGCAUAUGAAGAUAAUGAUGUCCAAAAGUACAGCUCUUUUGAAGAAGUAACCACACAUCCUGUUCUUAGUAAAACAGAGGACUACCACAAAGAGACAAAAUACACUUUCCCAAGAAAGAGCAGUAUGGAAUUGUUUACCCAGCAAGGACUUUUACAGCCUGUGGAACAGAAGGAAUUUGUUUCUGAUACUGUCAUUCUGGGUAAACAGGAAGUCAAAGAAGGACUGUUCUUGGAGGAAAAGAUGGAGUUGGAGAGUGUCUUGAAAAGCAAGACCUUGCUGAGAGACCAUGUUGAGCCUACUUCUGAACUUGGCACGACGGCAACACAGGCAGUAACGGUGGUAUCCUAUAGACAGCAGGAGGCUUCUGAACAACUAGAGGGGAAAUUCUAUAAGAACCCCUGUGAGCUGUUUGCUGCUGGAGACGACAAAACAGAAACAACUGAGGACACCUUGGACGCAUCCAGCAAAACACUGUCAAUUAAAGAACGGCUGGCGCUGUUGAAGAAGAGCGGUGAAGAAAGCUGGAAAAGCAGGCUUAACAAAAAGCAGGAGUAUGGGAAAGUGUCCAUCACUGAGCGUAGCACACAACUGCAAGAAGCUGAGCAGUUGUUCAAGAAGAAGGAAGAAGGAGGAAUUACAGAUGAUAAUACCGUGUCUAAUCAGCUUUGGGUCAGUAGUUCUAGUUUGAGAGAAUCAAGCCCCCUGGUCUUUGAUGAACGGCAUCCUUGGAGAUGGAAGCAGAAAGUGGCAGAUAGCCGUGAGAGUCAAAUGACUAUUGAAGAAAGAAAACACCUGAUUACUGUUCGGGAAGAAGCCUGGAAGACAAAGGGUAAAGGAGCAGCCAAUGACUCUAGCCAAUUCACUGUAGCUGGACGAAUGGUAAAAAAAGGCUUGGCAUCACCUACUGCCAUAACUCCAGUGGCAUCCCCUUUCUGUAACAGGCUGAAGUCUACCACUCCAAUUUCAAAGCCUCUGGAAGAAAUAGAAGCCAGGCCUGAUAUGCAAUUAGAAUCAGACAUGAAGCUAGACAAGCUGGAAACAUUCUUGGGAAGGCUGAAUAACAAAGUUGGUGGGAUGCAAGAAACUGUGCUAACGGUCACAGGAAAAUCGGUGAAAGAGGUGAUGAAGCUGGACGAUGAUGAAACCUUUUCCAAAUUUUACCGUCACAUGGACUGCCCCACUUCCACAGUGCCUUUGGAACUUGAUGAGGACUUUGAUGCCAUCUUUGAUCCUUAUGCACCAAAGUUAACUUCUUCUGUAGCAGAGCACAAACGUGCCGUGAGACCUAUGCGCAGAGCUCAGGCUUCAAGGAACCCCCUGAAAUUGCUGGCUGCACGAGAGGAUAUUCUUCAUGAAUACACCGAACAAAGAUUAAAUAUUGCCUUCAUGGAGUCAAAGCGAAUGAAAGUAGAAAAAAUGUCUACAAACUCAAAUUUCUCAGAAGUAGCACUUGCUGGCUUAGCAAGCAAAGAAAACUUCAGCAGCGUCAGUUUACGAAGUGUCAAUCUAACUGAACAAAACUCCAACAACAGUGCUGUGCCGUACAAGAAACUGAUGCUCUUGCAAAUUAAAGGAAGAAGACAUGUUCAGACAAGAUUAGUUGAACCAAGGGCUUCAUCACUGAACAGUGGUGACUGCUUCCUGUUGUUAACCCCACAUUACUGUUUCCUGUGGGUAGGAGAGUUUGCAAACGUCAUAGAAAAAGCUAAGGCAUCAGAACUUGCAACUUUAAUUCAGACAAAGAGGGAACUCGGCUGUAGAGCUUCUUAUGUACAGACCAUAGAAGAAGGGAUAAAUACCCAUACUCAUGCUGCCAAAGACUUCUGGAAACUCCUCAGUGGUCAGACAAGUUACCAGUCUGCUGGAAACCCCGAGGAAGAUGAAAUGUAUGAAGCUGCAAUAAUAGAAACAAAUUGCAUCUAUCGUUUAGUAGAUGAUAAACUUAUUCCUGAUGACGACUACUGGGGGAAAAUGCCAAGAUGUACUCUGCUACAAUCCAAAGAGGUUCUGGUUUUUGAUUUCGGCAGUGAAGUAUAUGUGUGGCAUGGGAAAGAAGUCACAUUAGCACAGAGAAAAGUAGCAUUCCAGCUGGCCAAACAUUUGUGGAAUGGAACAUUUGACUACGCCAAUUGUGACAUAAAUCCUCUAGACCCUGGAGAGUGCAAUCCCCUUAUACCAAGAAAAGGACAAGGGCGUCCUGACUGGGCUAUCUUUGGCAGACUCACAGAACAUAAUGAGACCAUAUUGUUCAAAGAAAAAUUUCUUGAUUGGACAGAAUUGAAGAAACACAAUGAGAAGAACUCUAGUGAAUCUCUUCACCAGAAGGAAGACUCCAAGUCUGACUUUAAACCAUAUGAUGUCAUGCUAAUGGUACCGGUGCCCCAAACUACGGUUGGCACAGUCUUGGAUGGAAUAAAUAUUGGCCGUGGCUAUGGAUUUAUUGAAGGAGAAGAUGGGAGGCAGUUUGAAAUUAUCACUGCCUCAGUAGAUGUCUGGCACAUCCUGGAAUUUGAUUACAGUAGGCUGCCUAAACAAAGCAUUGGACAGUUCCAUGAGGGAGACACGUAUGUGGUUAAAUGGAAGUACAUGGUGAGCACUGCAGUUGGAAGCAGACAAAAGGGAGAGCAGCAAGUAAGGGCUGUUGGAAAAGAGAAGUGUGUGUACUACUUUUGGCAAGGGAGGCACUCCACAGUGAGCGAGAAGGGGACGUCAGCACUGAUGACUGUGGAGCUUGAUGAAGAGAGAGGAGCACAGGUACAAGUGCUUCAAGGAAAAGAACCACCAUGCUUUCUGCAGUGCUUCCAGGGAGGGAUGGUUGUGCAUGCUGGAAGAAGGGAAGAGGAAGAAGAAAAUACACAAAGUGACUGGAGGCUGUACUGUGUACGAGGAGAAGUUUCCAUUGAAGGAAAUUUACUUGAAGUAGCAUGUCACUGCAGCAGCCUAAGGUCCAGGACGUCUAUGAUUGUCCUCAAUAUAAAUAAAGCCCUUAUCUAUCUGUGGCAUGGCUGCAAAGCACAGUCUCACACAAAGGAUGUAGGAAGAACAGCAGCCAAUAAAAUAAAAGAACAAUGUCCAUUGGAAGCUGGAUUGCACAGCAGCAGCAACGUGACAAUACAUGAAUGUGAUGAAGGGUCAGAGCCAUUGGGAUUCUGGGAUGCAUUAGGAAGGAGAGAUCGAAAAGCCUAUGAUUGCAUGUUGCAAGAUCCUGGAAAGUUUAACUUCACCCCCCGCCUGUUCAUCCUCAGCAGUUCAUCAGGAGACUUCUCAGCCACUGAAUAUAUAUAUCCUGCAAGAGAUCCCACUGUUGUCAAUUCCAUGCCAUUCCUGCAGGAGGAUCUCUACACUGCCCCACAACCAGCACUCUUCCUUGUUGACAAUCACCAUGAAGUGUAUCUUUGGCAAGGCUGGUGGCCUGUAGAAAACAAAAUAACUGGAUCAGCUCGAAUCCGAUGGGCUACAGACAGGAAAUGUGCCAUGGAGACAGUACUCCAAUACUGCAAAGGAAAAAACAUAAAGAAACCUCCGAAAUCCUACCUAAUUCAUGCUGGUCUUGAACCCUUGACGUUCACCAAUAUGUUCCCGAGCUGGGAACACAGAGAAGACAUAGCUGAGAUCACAGAAAUGGAUGCUGAAGUUUCUAAUCAGAUAAUCCUUGUAGAAGAUGUGUUAGCCAAGCUGUGCAAAACUGUGUACCCACUAGCAGAUCUUUUAGCUAGGCCUCUACCUGAGGGAGUUGAUCCACUGAAACUUGAAAUUUAUCUUUCAGAUGAGGACUUUGAGGCCGCCUUAGAGAUGACAAGAGACGAGUACAAUGCACUGCCCUCUUGGAAGCAAGUUAAUGUGAAAAAAGCAAAAGGACUUUUCUAAGUAAUGUUAUCGCUUAGUGAUAGUACCAGAGGGAUCUGUAUCGUCACUUUCAACACCUUGGAAUUAGCAAAAUGAAUUGCUCUGUAUUAGUGUUCAAAAAAAGAAAUUAGAGAUGAUCUUAAAUUUUUAGAUACUGCCUGAUCUUGAGUUGUGUAAUAUUGUAAAUGUGCAAGAGAACUCUUUGGAAGCUUUGUUUCAACUCCCAGGGUAAUGUGUUUAACUUUGCUCUCCUGUGCACUUAAACAGUAGUUUCUCAAGCUACUACUGCAACAAUCCUUUGGCUAUAUAUAGGACUUGCCAUGUGUUUUUUGAAGAUGUUCUCUUUGUAAAGUGUUAUUUUGUUAGUUUGUGGAUUACAAAGAAUUUAUAUUUAUAUAAACACAUAGAACAAGUAUGUAUUUAACAAUGCAAUAUGUAUUCACUUUCAAGACUUUCAUGUAAAAAAAAAAAUCUCUAUACAGAAAGGUAGUUGGAUGGCAGUUGCUUAGACUGAAUUAGCUAUACCACCCAUAUAUAUAUCUUAUGCAUUCUGAAAAGUUUCUCUUUGCAAUAGGUAAUGAAUUGUUCUCAGUGCUGCUUCAGGUGCUAAACUGAACAAAGCAUUUGUAUUUAUGGCAUGGGUUUCUUUAGAAACUAUGCAAAUCAACCUUUUUAUUUCAAUAUCCAAAAAUGUAUAGUGCCUUGUUUUUGUGUACAGUUUAUAUACAAAAAAGAUUGGUCUGCAUUUUGAAGAUGGUUUAGAACGGUCUCCUAUAUUACUUUUUAUAACGGUAGAAAUAAAAACAUCUCAGUUUCUAAUACAUGUUGUAAAGAUUAAACGUCUUUCGUGAUAUAUGAGCUUAAAGUAAAAGCUUCAGAAUAAACUCAGUGAUGCUCUGGCUAGUCAUUCUUUACACAUAUACCCUACGCUAUCAUAUAAAAAUGUUCCAUAAUCCUGUAUUUACAUUUGAACUAUUUGUAACCUGAGGCAUUUAGAGGAUUUGUACAGUGUUAUGAUUGAAGAGUGGCAGAUAAUGCAGAGAAAUUUAUGAUUAUACAAAGAUAAAAUUAGACUGUACAACAGUCUUAACUAGUGCUACCUCUUGAAACAAUUAUAGAACUAUUGAAUUAUUUUCAAUUGUCCCUUUUUUAUACUUGAUGUAAAAUGUUUGGCCAAUUGAAAACCUACCAAGAAUUUGAAUGAUGGUGAGUAACGCUCUUGAAACAAAAUUAACAUGGUAUUGAAUAUUAACUGUAUUUUCAUUCCCAAAGAAAGUGGUAGAACUGAAAACGUGGCCAUUUGCAUUAGUUUGGGCAAGCAACUGUUUAAGAUUCUGUCAUUGAUUGAAACUUUAUCUUUAUUUUCAGGUAGUUGCUAUCUCUGACCUUGAAUUUCUGUAAGGAUUGCUACUGUUACCUUUGCAAUACCAUUGUACCUUUCAAAUAUUACGUCCUGUAAACUCUGAAAACUUGCCUUGUAGACUGUAGCCACUGGAAAUCUCCUUUCGACUUAUAAAGGGAAAACACCUUUGUUACCUAUCCGUGCCAAGUGACUUUGUAUUUUUGAUAAUUUGCUGCUCUUGACCUGACUGUGACCACAGGGAAAUAAAGUGGAUCAUGAGUGUAGUGGGAUGUAUGUUUUGUCAAACCUCCAUACAAAAUCUGAUUAGCCACGUGCUUUAAAAAGAAUAGGCUUUGGAAGUAUUUUGGCAGAUCAGUGAAAAGUUUUAAAUUAGCACCCCCCCCUUUUUUUUUUAAGUCUAAAUUUUUUUUCCAUUUCUGGCAUAAGUACCAUGUUAAGUUGCAUUCAACAGAUGUGCAGUUAUUACAGCAAAAGGAUUUUUACAAAUAGUAUCUUUUCUUUUGUUACUGGUCUCUGUGAAGAGUUAGAAAUAAUAGCCCAAGGGGAAAUACUGCCAAUAUUUCCAACCCCUGAAAACACUUUUUCUUUCACCCUUUGCAGUGACAGGAUGAAGCUAGAAUUAAGGAUUAGUUCUAUUUAUUCACGC